UCUUAACUUAUGUAUGUUCCAAUUUACUUUACUAAAAGUUAGUGUAUCUAAAAAUACGUUUAUCGGGUGUUUAACUACUUUGUUCACUACCUUCUCAUCACAUCUCUAACAAUUUCAUUCAAAUUGCAACUAUGUCACUGGAGAAUAUGUACUGCACUCGCUGCGGGGAUGGGUUUGAACCCAAUGAGAAGAUUGUUAACUCCAACGGAGAACUCUGGCAUACAAACUGUUUUGUAUGUGCCCAGUGCUUCCGGAUGUUCCCUGAUGGAGUGUUUUACGAGUUUGAGGGCCGUAAAUACUGCGAACAAGACUUUCAGGUGCUUUUCGCCCCGUGCUGCGGCAAAUGCGGCGAGUUCGUGAUCGGACGAGUGAUCAAGGCGAUGAACGCCAACUGGCACCCGGCCUGCUUCCGCUGCGCGGAGUGCAGCACGGAGCUGGCGGAUGCCGGCUUCAUCAAGCACGCGGGUCGCGCGCUGUGCCACGCCUGCAACGCGCGCAUCAAGGCCGACGGCUUGCAGAACUACAUGUGCCACAAGUGCCAUGGUGUGAUCGACGGCGAGCCGCUGCGUUACCGCGGCGAGGUGUGGCACGGGUACCACUUCACGUGCGCCACGUGCGGGGUCGAGCUCGACCACACGGCGCGCGAGGUCAAGAACCGUCCGGGCUACGCGGCCAACGACGUGAACAACCUGUUCUGCCUUCGCUGCCACGACAAGAUGGGCAUCCCGAUCUGCGGCGCCUGCCGCCGCCCCAUCGAGGAAAGGAUCGUCACCGCCCUCGGGAAACAUUGGCAUGUUGAGCAUUUCGUGUGCGCUAAAUGCGAGAAGCCGUUCCACGGGCACCGGCACUACGAGAAGAAGGGCCUCGCAUACUGCGAGCAGCACUACCACCAGCUGUUCGGCAAUCUGUGCUACGUCUGCAACCAGGUCAUCGCCGGAGAUGUGUUCACGGCGCUGAACAAGGCGUGGUGCGUGCACCACUUCGCGUGCGCGGUGUGCGACGCGGCGCUGAGCACGCGCAGCAAGUUCUACGAGUACGACGAGCGGCCCGCGUGCCGCCGCUGCUACGAGAAGCUGCCGCAGGAGCUGCGCCGCCGUCUGCGUCGCGCGCACCACUACACGCCGCGCCGCUAAACAUAAACACAAACACAAACACCGAUGCCAGUGAAUGACACCACAAUCUAAACACACUGACUUACCACUACUUCACUCACAUAUGUAGCAUUUUAAGUUAUAGUUUAACGGGGAUUCUCAAAGUGCGACCUUUAGCGAGGAGGUUCGUGUAAUCACUUUCAGAUGUUAUUUGUUAUCGUCAUGUGGUUCGCAGUCGUCUGGUUUAUCCCAUGUGUUAACAUAGUUUGGGGCUGGGGUGUUACGUACUGCUGUUAUUGUCAAUGAAAGGAAUUAAGUUAUUCACAAAAUGGUGGUCACUUGAUCAUUAUUUUAAUCGCACUAAUAAACCCUACUGGAAUGUAAUAUAUGAGAUUAAUUUUAAAUUGUUACUGUAAUACUGUUGUAUGCUUUUGCAGGAUGGCGGUGAAAAGAUUAAAACCUAAAGUUUUGAAUGAUUCACGGUUAGUUUCACUAGACUUAU